AUGACGGCCAGCGCGCACAACGAUUACGUCUCGUACCAAGGCCUGACGAACCAUACACGGCAGCUCAUCGCCGAUACAAUAUCCUAUCUCAACGGCCUCUUGGACAAAGACGACGUUCGUUCAAGGAACUCGGCAGUCUGCACUAUCCUGCACCUAACCGCCGUAGCCAUGCUCUGUGGAGAAUACAGCGCAGCGUUCACACAUCUCUACGGCAUGUUCGAGAUCUUGCGCCUGUACAAAGCCCAGCAAACAAGCUGUGACGUCUCACGCACCACCUGCCACUACAUUUACGAUGUGCUCAAAUUCAAAAUCGAGAGACUAGCUUUCUGUCUGUACAACAUCACCGGCCGCAUUGGACCGUUCUUCACGGAGCCCCCAUCCUGGGACCCGCUCGAUAGCAAUUUGUGCUUGCCCUACGAAGCGCUCACAGGGUUACCAAAGCUAGACAGUCUCUUCUGCGACUUCCGCGCACUGUGCCACGAGGUUUAUCAGAAGAGCGCGAGCAGAAAAAAGGUGGAAGCACGGUACUUCCGCAAUGCGAUGCACUCGCUGCAGGCACGCGUGCUAGCGCUGUCUCCCGGGGAAGGCACCCCGUUCGCAGAAUGCCUCCGUCUCGCCAUAACAGCUGCGAUCACGUCGCAGACACAAUUGCCGAUGCGCCGCUUGGAGCAUCCCUACCUAGAUGCCCAGUUCCGCCGAUAUCUACCCCUUCUCGAGUGUCCCGCCGACCAGCAGAAAAGGAAUGUUGUGUUGUGGAUUGUGAUGGCAGCCUUCAUUGUCGCCUUUGAUCCGGAGGAGGAAACCAUCCCGUGGGCCGAAGCACUCUUCCGAGCGGCGGCUGGCGAUACAGACGACUGGGAGGCGGCUCGGCUGAGGGUUGCGAGCGUCACGUGGUUUCCUCGGUAUAUAGAUGUGCAGAAUGAGAAGGUGUUCAAGGCGCUGCGCAAGAGGUGGCCAGUGCAGGAGACAAGGCCAUUGCAACAGAGCCAUCCAGGCAAGGAUAUAGUAUUGCCGUUGCAUAUUGUUCAAGAGCUAUCAGAGGAUAUUGGGCGCUUUGUUUGA